UUUGAAAGCGUUGUGUCCCGGAAGAAGCUCUGCGCUUGCGACAUGCGCAUUUGAGAGGAAGAAGUCUAACAUCUUUAAGCAACAAGAGAAAAUUGUAAACACCGGGCAGCUGCGUGCCUUUCUAUCAGUUUGGGAUGGACAUAUAAGAUUAACUUGAAGGUGUUGGACCAAAAGUUUUUCUUCUAUCCAUGGACGCAAAACCAAUGCGCAGGGCCACUAGCGCACGUCAAGACACCACUGGAAUGGACAUCACCAGUCGCUGUACUCUGGGGGACCCCAACAAGCUCCCUGAAGGGGUCCCCCAGCCAGCACGCAUGCCGUACGUCUCAGACAAACACCCGCGGCAGACUCUGGAAGUGAUCAACCUGCUGAGGAAACACCGAGAACUCUGUGACGUGGUGCUGGUGGUGGGCGCCAAGAAGAUUUAUGCUCAUCGUGUGAUCCUGUCUGCCUGCAGCCCUUACUUCAGGGCGAUGUUUACUGGAGAGCUGGCAGAGAGCAGACAGACUGAAGUGGUGAUCCGGGACAUCGAUGAGAGAGCCAUGGAGCUGCUUAUUGACUUUGCCUACACCUCUCAGGUGAUUGUAGAGGAGGGAAACGUCCAGACGCUGCUUCCCGCCGCCUGCCUUCUCCAGCUGGCUGAGAUCCAGGAGGCCUGCUGUGAGUUCCUCAAAAGGCAGCUGGAUCCAUCCAACUGCCUGGGCAUCAGGGCUUUCGCAGACACGCACUCCUGCAGGGAGCUGCUGCGCAUCGCAGACAAGUUCACACAGCACAAUUUUCAGGAGGUAAUGGAAAGUGAAGAGUUCAUGCUGCUGCCUGCCAACCAGCUGAUUGACAUCAUCUCCAGCGACGAGCUGAACGUGCGCAGCGAAGAGCAGGUCUUCAAUGCUGUCAUGGCCUGGGUCAAAUACAGCAUCCAGGAGCGCAGGCCUCAGCUGCCACAGGUCCUGCAGCAUGUCCGUCUGCCGCUGCUCAGCCCCAAGUUUCUAGUUGGAACUGUGGGUUCAGACCCACUCAUUAAAAGUGACGAGGAGUGCAGAGAUCUCGUAGACGAAGCCAAGAAUUACUUGCUGCUGCCACAGGAGAGGCCGCUGAUGCAGGGUCCCAGAACCCGGCCCAGGAAACCCAUCCGAUGUGGAGAGGUUCUUUUUGCAGUCGGGGGCUGGUGCAGUGGAGAUGCCAUUUCCAGCGUGGAGCGCUACGACCCGCAGACUAACGAGUGGCGCAUGGUGGCGUCCAUGAGCAAACGGCGGUGUGGAGUUGGAGUUAGUGUCUUGGAUGACUUACUUUACGCAGUGGGAGGUCACGACGGCUCGUCUUAUCUCAACUCUGUGGAAAGAUAUGAUCCAAAGACAAACCAGUGGAGCAGUGAUGUGGCCCCUACCAGCACAUGUCGCACCAGUGUGGGCGUCGCCGUGCUGGGUGGUUAUCUGUAUGCUGUGGGAGGACAGGAUGGCGUGUCCUGCCUAAACAUUGUUGAAAGGUAUGAUCCAAAGGAGAACAAAUGGACCCGAGUGGCCUCCAUGAGCACCAGGAGACUGGGGGUUGCCGUUGCUGUCUUGGGAGGAUUUCUUUAUGCUGUUGGGGGGUCUGAUGGGACAUCUCCGUUAAAUACAGUGGAGAGAUACAACCCACAAGAGAACCGCUGGCACACCGUGUCUCCCAUGGGAACCCGGAGGAAGCACCUCGGCUGUGCCGUCUACCAAGACAUGAUUUACUCCGUCGGUGGGAGAGACGACACCACGGAGCUGAGCAGCGCAGAGCGAUACAACCCUCGGACAAACCAGUGGUCUCCUGUCGUUGCCAUGACGUCCAGGCGGAGUGGGGUGGGUUUGGCCGUGGUGAACGGGCAGCUGAUGGCAGUCGGAGGCUUUGAUGGGACGACGUAUUUAAAAACCAUAGAAGUCUACGACCCAGAUGCCAACACAUGGAGGUUGUACGGAGGGAUGAACUACCGCCGGUUAGGUGGAGGGGUUGGUGUCAUCAAAAUGACUCACUGUGAAUCUCACAUAUGGUAACACCGCCGCCUCCUCCUCCCUCUGCUGGCACGUACACCUCUCAUCAUGUUGCAGCGGGACGCUUCCUUUCACCAACGCUCCGGCCUCCAAAAGAGACGACGGGAUGCGGGCGGGAAUGACAGAACGGUGGGGACGGUGGAGGUGGUGGCAAGGAAAAGAGCAAAACUGUUGGACUCAAGUUCAUCCCCUCUCUCUACUCAAAGGUCAUUAACUUUUCACCAAGUUUACAGUCCGGCACUACGCUUCCAGUUAAGAGAGAAAAACCUGUCCUGCAAGCUGGUUUUUCCAAGUAUCUCUGCCUGGACGUUAAUCUUUGAGGAGCAACACUUGGAGUUGGCUGUGACCGUUACUAGGGAAGACUGACCUUAACGUUUCAAAGCAGCACCCAGUUGCGUCUGCUGUUAAGGUUGAUGUUUUUGCGGCCGAUAAGACGAGUCACGUCUGAUUGUACUGAUUUCUGCCACCAAAGAAGGUCUCGCCGUUUGGUGGUGAACUGUCCUGCACGCCAGCUGGAGGAAACUGGCUCUGCGGCAUCCCUCCAGAGGCUCCGAACUAGAGCGAAAAAAGAUCAAGCCGAACUGCUGCAACAGCAAGGCAAACGGUUGCUUCAUAGUUUUCCUUUGUGUUUGUGUGUAAACACUAUAAACGUCUUCUUCUGUGAUGAUCAACGCAGUUUAACUUGAGGGUGAAAUUAGUUUGGAAGGUUCUCUCAGAAUUUAUUGCACUACAGUUAAAUGUGUAUUUUUUAGAUUUUAUCCAUUUUGUUUUGGUUAAUUAUCUUUUUAAUGUGGGCGUUUUCACAUCAAUCGGUCAAGUUUGGAACCAGACAUUUCAGAUGCUCUUUGGAGGUAUUUAAAUAACCUGCAGGUCAUCAUGACUCAGCGCUUCAUGUCGUCUCUGCAGGUUAUCAGGGCUUAGACACAGAGAUGAGCUAAGCAUUAUUUUUAAUUAAAGGACCUAGCUUGAAUGUCUGUAUUAGUGAUCAUCUGUCACUUUUUAAGUUUGCUUGGGUUUAGCUGUUUCUGCGAGGAUGUUUGUGCAGUGGAACGCUCACUUGAGUCUGUUUUGUAUGAAAAUCUCCUGUUUUUCUCUGGACGUUGACAUGUUGUGCUGUCAGUUGAUGGGGAAACGUGUGACUCUGCUCGGCCAUCUGUGCACGCCUGCCUUUUCCCGUAGAGCUGUUUAAAACUCCACUCAGUUUAUGACCGCUCGUUCUGGUACCACUUUUGGCAAGGGCAAUCUAUUUAUGAUCCAAAAAAUUUAUUAUACCUUCUUUUUUUUCCUUCUUCAUCCAAGUGAAAGAAAUUCACUUAAAAUGUUUAAAAACCAGGUUACUAUGCUGUGAUGGAAACUGAAGUACGCAGUAUUCGGCACGCAAAAACGUUUCUUUUUAAAAUUACAUUUUGUUCAAUCCCUCAACAGUUUAGUCCAGCAUUUUCUUGUUUUUGUUUUGUACUUUAACCAAAACAGCAGUUCUGAUCCUGAACUGAGUGGAAUUUCUUUUGUAAUCUCCUAACAUUCUGUUCUGAUUUUCGGUUGGUCCUAAGAAAGUGAAGAAUAUCCAGAUGUCCUGUUGUUUAGCGUCUGGUCACUGAUGUAAGCUUGUCAUUUUGCUCAUGAAAUACAGAAAAAUGCCCAUCGUGAAUCAAAGAGGACUUUGGCUCAUUUUGUCCGAUGGUAAAAUUGAAACAGUGAAGGGAUAACUGAAGAUGUUUUGAUAGUUCCCUCUACAGGAGUGGAAUAUUAUGCCAAAGUAUUCAGCAUUUCCUUGCCUAACCUGCUUUUUCUCCAGACAGACACUCCAGGAAUUUCAAAGGAACAAUAUCUUCAUGUUGUUCUAAUGUUUUUAGUAAAGUUUUAAAUUGA